AUGCCUGCCUUGACCAAACUCGACUCGACCCUGGAUGACGACCGCGUCGUCUGCGUCUUCCACGUGUCGCAGCCUAUCACCACCAUCCUCAGCAGCUCCAUCCUCACGGUGUACAUCAGCGAGGCCUCCGUGACCAUCGACCACCACAACAAGACGGCUGCCAUCAGCGCAGCCGAACUGCGGGUGGAGCAACUGAGCGAGCGAGCCGUGGUACUGCACUGCGCCGAUCAAAAGUCGACGGUUCACUUGGAAUUUACUUCGCCCCUCGAAGCUCUCCACUUCGUUGGUGCCGUCCACCUCAUUCAGCACAUCGACGCACUUCGCCACCCCCCGCUGCAAGUCUGUACCCUGGAACAUCAGCUGAAACUCACGCUGGAGUACGCAGAAAACCUGUGGGCGACGGACUUGUGGAAGCAGUCCGCAUCGUAUUACUCGUCCUGUGCUACCCAGGAGCUCACCUGCGACGACGUUCACCUUGGCGCGGUGCAAAAGAUGCUGGACGCAUUGUGCGAUCGAUUCGGUUCCGACGCGUCUUUCGACCAAACCAUUGAGAUGGACGGGUACUAUUGCAUCUCGCCCCUCUUGGUGCUGUUGGCCAAAGUCAAAGCUGCUUCGGCAUAUCGGGAGGCUGUUCUUCAGGUGCUUAAGAAGCAUGAGAAAUUUGUGCUGGUUGACGUGAACCGAGCCCAUGAUUCCGCCGCCAUCAAAUGA